CAGCUUACAACUCUCACAAUCGCUCCAUGCGACAAGCCCGCGAGUCUCGCAGAGCUCGUCCAAGAGGACGCGAUUGAGUUUUCCGGUAUGGUUAUUCCAGAGAUACCCAAGGUAUGCAAAUGUGCGGACAUGCUUUUGACGCGUCCAUUCUCCAACAAUCAGCUACAGGACCAAUUCCCAAUCACUGACAGCCCAGGCACGGAAAUACCCUUUCUCGAUGUUGCCACAAUCGUUGUGGAAGCUUCUAAAGCCUCUUUAGAUGAUGGAGAGCCUCCUAUCGCUGCUAGCACCGGCCCUGACACGUCCCUAUCAGACUUUGUUACGACUUCCAUAAAUGGCGUCGGAAGCACUACUGCUGCAGUGCCUUCUCCCUGUCAGGACGAGACGCCCAUCUCCCAUCUGAACACCAAAAUGAGCUCAACUGCUGAUAUACUGGAAGAGGUUGUUGUCCCCCCUGCUAUUGAAGCAGAGGAAAUAUCUCCCAUGGCCGCAGAACCUGAACCGGCUGUCGUAGAAGUUGCAUGUGACCCGAUUGAAGCAGAAGCACGUCCAAUGGAAGUGGAGGCUUCGUCAGUCGGAGAUGAACUUGCUGUUACCAAGACCGUGCCAGCGUCCAUCGAUUCUGUAGCAGAGACCGCUCCUCAAUGCGAAAACAUAUCGGACGAGCAAGAACCUGCACUAGUUGAAACACAAUCUUCUACACCCCAGCCAGUAAUCACGCCAACGAUGCUUAAAGCUGCACUAAAUAAACCAACAUCGCCCGAGGUGGUCGUGGAGGACAGUCUGGUUCACGAGCCUGACGCGGAAGCCGCGGCAACUUUGGAGCCCACCCCAGAAGCUACCGAGUCGGAACCGAUUGGAAAUAGUGCAGCAGAUGUAGAGCCCGGCAACGAAGUUGCCGAGUCCGUUCCGACUGAAGAAACUGUGCCAGUGACGGAAGCAGUAGCCACUGCUGCACCAGCCGAGAUAUCGAGUGCAGAAGCAGAGGAAUCUGCUGCAGAGGUUGAUGCAUGUAUCACAGCGGAAAAGGAGGCUAAUGAGGAGUCGCAGGGUGCUAUUGAUGCUGUGAACGGGCCAGCCGCUCCCACCGAACCGGAAGUGGAAGUAUUUGUUCCCGAGGUUGUUUCGGCUCCAGCUGAGGCUGCGACAGGGCCAGAUGUCCUGUCAACUGAAUCAGAGGAAGCUGCCAUCGCGCCAACUACGGCGCCCGAGGUCCCUGCCCAAUCUAUCGUUGCUGCCGAAGCAGAGUCUGUUGAUGCACACGACUUCAUUACAGCUGACUCGGAACCAGUCACAGCCCCUGACCCCGAGCCCAUUACUUCGACUGAGACGGAUUCUGUAGCAGCAGCAGGAUUCGAAUCUGCCACUGUCGAGUUGGAAGCGCCUGCAGCAGUUGAUGCGGAGCUCACAGAACCUGCAGUCGAGUCUAUUGUAGUGGAGACUGUUCAGAUCGAUGUCGAGCCACCCAGCUCCAACGUGUCAUUCGUUGAGGACCCUGAGGUGGGUUUCGCGUAUGAUGACGAGCCGCAGACGCCUCUAGCUGAGGAGACUCCUGCGUUUGAGUCAGUUUUGGAAGCUGCUGAUGUGGAGUCCGAGGUGCAGGUAGAAGAGCCUUCUGUUGAGGAGACUGCGGAGGUCAUUCCAAUCGAUGUUAAUCCUACAGGAGAGUCUGCAUCAGUCGAGGAAGUUGCAGCGGAGGAAGUUGUAGUGGCCGAAGAGGUUGUAAUGGUCGAGGAAUUCCCGGUCGAAGAACCUGCAACGAAUGAAGAGAACGUACUGGUUGAGGAAACCACGGCAGUUGAAGAAACUAUCCCUGCUGAAGAGGUCGUCCCAAUUGACGUUGCUACAAGGGAGCCCGCACCAGUCGAAGAGGUUCCCUCAGUGGAGGCUGUGGCAAUUGAAGAACAUGCACCAGUCGAAGAAAUCACUCUAGUUGAUGAAGACACUCCUAUCGAAUCAGCUGCUCCAAUCGAAUCAUCCUCGCCAGUCGAAGAGCCUGUUGUUGAUGAAGCUGAGCGCACUGUCGAAGAGCUCGCAGCUCCCAUUGACGAUGGUCCGGUGUUGGAAGAGACCAUGCCUUCUGUCUAUGCAACCGAUGUCGACACGCCUCUUCUCUCCGUUGAAGAGCCUGCCGCAUCCAUUGAGCAGCUUGUUGCACCUGAAGAGGCAUUCGCUGAAACAGCCGCUCCAGCGAUUGAAGAGAUCUCGCUCGCGGGAGAUGCUUCCACCGUUGAAGAAACAUAUGCUCCUCUUGUUGAUGUGCCAGUUGGAGAAGAUGUUCCUGCUGUUGAGGAAUGUUCCCCGCUCGCAGAAGUGGAUAUAUCUGAAUCAGGAACGGUCGACGAGCUCUCCGCAUCAGUAGAGGAGCAUACGUCUGGUGCGGUUGAAGACACUCCGGGGCGUGAAGACCAGCCUGUAGCAAUCGAGGAAACUCCCGCAGAUGUUUCUGUUGAUGAUCGAAUUCCUCCCACGAUGGGCGAGACACCUCUCCUUGCAGAAGUGCUCUCGGAUACUGACGGGCCUGCUCUUGAGGCUACUUCAACCACGGAAGAGCCUUAUGUGCCGGAAGAAGAGCCCGUCACUGUCGUUGUGUCAGGCGAAACGAUUUCUGAAAUGGCAGUUGUCGCAUCGGUCGAAAAGGAUAUCCUUGCGGUCGAGGAACCUCUCGAGCCCUCGGACGUAGAGGCGCGCGAACCAGUUGUGCAUGAGGAAGCUGCAGCGCCAACGGGAGACCAUGAGUUAGUUGCUGUCGAGGAUACGCCAGUGCUCGACGAUCAGCCUGUCACCACCGAGGAAACUUUCACAACCGAAGAGGCAUCUGUCUCUGUCGAUGAUCAAAUCCCUCCUGCUAUGAACGAGAUACCCCUCAUUGCAGAAGUGUCCUCGGCUGCUGAUGAGCCUACACUUGAUGACGGUCCAGCCACCGAAGAACCUUCCGUGCCUGAAGAUGAGCCUACCGCCACCUCCACUGUGGAGGUACCGCCAACAUCCGAAGAAACCGCUACUGCGCCCAAAGAAAUCAUCUCGACAGCGGAGGAGGCCAUCCCAGUUUUCGAAGCGGCCCCCACCACUUCUGCGGACCCGAUGUUUGACGAUACCUUGUCUCUUGAGGGAACUACAACCGUCGCUGAGGAGUCAACUGUCGAGUCUGACGCUUCCGUAACUGAAUUAUCCGUGGCUGUUGAAGAACCCGCUCCUGCUGCAAGUGAAGUGUCGGUCGUCGAAGUCGCUCUCGAAGAGGUCCAUGCUGCCCUGGAGCACACUGAAGACGCCUUGUUUGCCAGUGAAGAGACUAAGGACGAAACUGAGGAUUCACAACAUGGAGAGGCACCCGUAUCUUUGCCAGAGCAACCCAUUGUAGAGGAGUCUUUCCCUACGGCUCUUAUCGUUGAGGAGUUGACGUCCGUACCCGCCGAGAAGCCCGAGAUUUUAGAGGAGCUGCAUGUGGUCACCUCUCAAUUUCCUUUCAAUGAGGAGCAUUCUGAAGUCGACAAGGACUUGGAGCCUCCAAUUGCACAUGUGGAGAUCUUUAACGAGAUUGAAGAGACUAAAGCAGUCGAGGAGGUCACUGAACAGCAAGAGAUUGCGACAUCUCCAGCUCUCAACGUUGCUACUGACAUUGAGCGUCCCAAGUCACCAUGGACCCCUUCUUACAGCGUCAUCACUCAAGGACCAGGCGUUCCCGUCGAGGAGCAUGUAAACGUCUAUGGAGGUGAUGAUGACGCUGUCCCUGCCCAGUCACAAACACCCGAGAUCAUUAUCGAUGAAGUAGCUGCGGUCGUCCCAGAGAUUGCAACUGAUAUGGAGGUGUCCAGACAAUCCCAGGUUGAGGUUUUACAAUUGACAGCGGAACAGGUUACGCUCGGCGAAUCAGAAGAACCUUGCCCUAAAUCACCUUGGACGCCUUCUUACUCAGUGACUGUACAAGGCAAUCUUGCUCAGGCUAACGAGGGACUUGAUGACUUGGAGCAGCUUCCUCCAAGCGCUGCCCAGUUUGUUGCAGCGGAGAGAUACCAAGAGCAACCUGUUCCUUUCACAGAAACACUCAUAUCUGGCGAGGUAACCAGUUCUACCACAGUUGUUGCAGACAUACAUGUUACGCUUUCGGCAAUGCUAGACGAAUCGGAUAUUCCUGAUUCAGCGGUUGAAGCAGAGGCUCCCCAGGAUGUUGCUUCGGAGCAAGGUGUCAUCGCUCAAGCAGAACGUUCGGUACCGACUACACCCGAGCCACCUACUGUGGAGGAAGUGCCUGAGGAGGAAAUUGAACAGGGAUCGUUCAUCGUCGACGACGAGAAUACGCAAUUGGGUGCUACUGGCCCUGACGAAGAGCAUAGUAGUUCUCCCUGGACGCGGUCCUACUCAGUAACUGGACUUGAACCAGCAUCUGCACUUGAGGAUCAAGCGGUUGCUAAGGACGGCGAAUUUGUUGACCAUGGAUCAUUUAUCAUUGAGACCCAACCACCUGCUGUUGUAGAGGGUACUCCCGAGGUUAAAUCGGACUCGGGGCUUCUGACACCCGUCGAUGAUCCUGUUGGAGAAAGACCAAAGUCGCCAUGGACCCCUUCGUACUCUGUCACCAAGCAGGGGCCGAAUGAUGUUGAAGAAGUGGAGGAUCUUGGUGAAUUAGAGCAUCUGCCUGGUCCACUCUCUAGCGUUUCUGCACUUGCGGCUGACGAGGAACCCAUCCCGCCUGUCCUCAUCACCGAGACGCUCGCGUCUGUAGAUGAGCCUGUCAUCGCGGAGACUCUCUCGUGCUUAGAGGGUGACGUGACUGUUUCAGAGCUCUCCGAGACACAUGACGACGUUGAGGCUAAUGGAGUUCCAAUCGCCCGAGAGACCCCUCAAACAUUCCCUGUUCUCGAAGAGCCACAGAAAAUCGCCAAGAAGCCAAGCUUGUCUGCAGUUGACGAGCUUAACGCCGCCGAGGUCACUGAAUCCAGCACCCUCCGCAUCGAUAUUCCCACCAAUAACGGAGCCAACCGCAACAGACUGGAGUCCACGACCUCUUCUCGUUUCUUCCCUGGUGGAUGGUUCUCCUCUUCACCCAAGGUUCCUGAAGAGGGUCGCACAUCACUCGACGUUGCAGCAGGAGAAUUCAUCCACAAGUCCUCAGUUGAAAACACUCCAACCACUGCCCUCCCCUCCGCUGUCGAGGAAGACAAGGAAAAGAAGUCUCGUUGGUGCACAAUCAUGUGAAAGGCAGGGUCCGCCACCUCCACCUUAUGCAUCUGAAUUCUUGAAACUUACCAUCGUUUUUAUCAUUUUCACUCUCGUUCUCUACUUUACUUUCUACUAUGCAUGACCCUUAACGACAAGCAACGACUGCAUAUUCAUAUUUACUUUCAAGCGGAUUCUGAUACUGACAUAAACCUCUUGUAUUUCGGCUAAUCUUCACUCUUGUCAAUACGCUGUUUGCACGUGAAGCCUCUUAGAUCGGCGGAUGUCCUUAUCAGACGUAACCGACCUUAGCUCAGUUGGAAGAGCGCGAGACUGUAAUUGGAUAAAUUAAUCUUGAGGUCGCCUGUUC